UGAGCCGCGUCAGGCCCGGGCUCCCGCUCCGCCCGCAGAGUCCCAUGGCGGCGGCCGCGCUGAGGAACGCGGCCCAGGUGAGCGCGGCGCCCCGGCCCACCGGAGCCCUAGUCUCUCCGUGGCACUGUGACCUUUGAAGAUGUAGCCGUCCACUUCUCCUGGGAGGAAUGGGAUCUCCUGGAAGAGACUCAGCAGUGCCUGUAUCGCCAUGUGAUGAUGGAGAACUUAGCCCUGGUGACAUCCCUAGGUUUUUGGCAUGGAGCAGAGGAUGAAAAAACACCUUCUCAGCUGAGUGCCGCUUUUGAAGCGUCCCAAGCCAGAACUUCUGGAGAAGGUCUGUCUCCCCACACGUCUCAUACCGGUGUGAUAUGGGGCCCGGUCUCGAGAGACAUCAUGCACACAUGUGGCCCAGAGGGAACACAUUGUGAACAGGCAAGUGAAGCAUGGCAGAGGCAGUUCUGUUGCAGUGCAGACACUCAUCCACACCAGGAGCAGUUGGGAGAGAAAAGUGGCACAAGUAGUGUAGGCCUUGCCUCUUCUGGGAAGGUCAGCGAAGCCCCUAUGUCAGGGGAAGCCCUCCCUGAUGGGGGCGGCAGCCAGGAGUCCCUGGCUGCUGCAGGGCUCUGGCAUGAGAAGCCCACGUCCACUGGGGAGCGGUCAGAUGCUAGCAGUCACGGGACAGCCGUCCAUCACAGUGGAAAGCCUGAUUGCAGCUAUGUGGCAGUCACAGACACGUUCAGCUACACACGCUCAGCUGGUCAGCAGCAGAAAACCCUCCCUCGAGAACGGUGCUACACGUGCAGUGACUGCGGGAAAUCCUUCAGCAAAAGCUACAGCCUCAGCGAUCACUGGCGGCUCCACACCGGGGAGAAGCCGUACGAGUGCGGGGAGUGCGGGAAGUCCUUCAGGCAGAGCUCCAGCCUCAUUCAGCACCGGAGGGUUCACACCGGCAUACGGCCUCAUGAGUGCGAGCAAUGUGGGAAGCUGUUCAGCAAUAAGUCCAACCUCAUUAAGCACCGGCGAGUCCACACCGGAGAGCGGCCCUAUGAGUGUAGCGAGUGCGGGAAGUCCUUCAGCGAGAGUUCAGCGCUCCUGCAGCACCACAGCGUGCACACUGGAGAGCGGCCCUACGAGUGCAGCCACUGCGGGAAGUUCUUCACCUACCACUCCAGCCUGAUAAAGCACCAGAAGGUUCACAGCGGCGCUCGGCCCUACGAGUGCGGCGAGUGCGGGAAGUCCUUCAGCCAGAACUCCAGCCUCACGGAGCACCGGCGGGUCCACACGGGAGAGCGGCCUUUCAAGUGCGGCGAGUGCGGGAAGUCCUUCAGCCAGAGCUCUGCACUGCUUCAGCAUCAGAGAGUACACACCGGAGAGCGGCCCUAUGAGUGCAGCCAGUGCGGGAAGUUCUUCACCUACAGCUCCAGUCUCCAGAAACAUCAGAGGGUUCACACUGGAUCGAGGCCCUAUGAGUGCAGCGAAUGUGGCAAAUCCUUCACUCAAAACUCCAGCCUCAUUAAGCACAAGAGGGUCCACACUGGAGAAAGGCCUUAUAAGUGCACCGAAUGUGGCAAGUCCUUUAGUCAUAGCUCUAGCCUCAUUAAACACCAGAAAAUUCAUAGUCGAUGAAGGCCAGUAAGGCCUUAGGAUUGACAGAGAAGCUCUAGCUCUGUUAGGCGGUGCUGAGAGCAGUGAACAACAGAAUUGACUCAGCUCAACAUCUUAGCAGAUUACUGUCAUGUGGUGAUGUGCUAGUUCCUUGUUCAGUACAACUCUGGAGAAUUGGUGUCAUGUCUUUAACAAGCCACCUCAUCCGUCCAGAACUGCACAGGAGGCCCAGGUAUGUUGUAGCUACACUGCUAGGUGCUGCCUUGUUCUGUGGCCAUCACAGCUCUGCCUCCUGGUGACGCCUACAGUGUGCUGUUCACCCAGCGUGGUGUGUGAAGCCGGGUGGAGCUGGGCUUCCCCCAGGGUCCACAGAGGCAAGCUGAGCAGACAGCUCUCUUUCCCUUCUUUCUUUCCCAAUGACAUGGGGACGGACCUGACCCAGUCUGGCCUAGAGGAUUCAAAGGGUGGACUGAAUAGUUCAGGUGUCUUGUUCAUGUCACAUGACUUAAUGGAUGUUCCUAGCCUCAGUUCUACCACCUGCCUCCCAUGCUCUGGUUUGUAUAAUAAAAGU